UAUUAUAUGUUGUUUAUUGCUGUAUUUGUGCAAUAAACUGUUACUAUCUGCAAAGUUAGAGCAAAAACCUGCAAAUUUAUUUAAAAAGAAAUAUACUAAAAAUUGCAUUACCAAAGUAAACAGCUGAUAAAAAUGUUGUUAUUGUUUUCAUUAAUUUUUUUUUGUCUCUUUUCUUAAAUUUACCAUGAUUUACCGGCGUUGUGAAAGGAAGCCUUCCUUACAUUAACAUCAUAAGUGCAUUAAAGCAGUAGAAUGUUUCAACGAAGGUGUGAUAUGAAGCUGCUUUGCGAAACUCGAGUCGUUGAACGUCCUACACAGACGGUUCAAUCGGCACGAGCAAGUAAAGCAACACUUGUUCUGGGUUAUAAGCACAGCGAAGGCGGUGAUAAAGAACUGGAGCUAGUACAUUUCACACCAUCUAACAAAGCUGGCAUGAAAUACAAGCUUGCUGGUAACAUUGAAACGAUACGUACGCGCUUCGUUAACGAAGGUAAGGCAACAAUAAGCUUGCAAGUACCUGCUUAUGAUAUAUUAAUCCAGUCGGAUGUACUAACGCUGAAAAGUUUUUUGCAAACACUUCGUAUUGGCCUAGAAGGUGGUGAUAUUAAUUUGCAGGAAACUGUACAUGCGACACCUAUACCCGCAAAGAUGCAACCGAUUGAACGAAUGGUCAUCAGUAAACCCUCUGAAUAUCCCAAAGAGGGUUUCCCAGAAACUCUCCGGUUUUUGGAGAUAAUUAACAAUGGUUUGAAGACAGUUCCUAUAACUAUUUGCGUACUAACCAAUUUGUCAUCUUUGGAUUUGAGGCAAAAUUCUAUAAACACACUACCAAAUGCGCUUGGUGAAUUGCAACUUCGAGCUUUGAACUUGAGUAAUAAUGAAAUUGGUGAAAAUUGCAAUUGGAAUUGGUUACUUGGGUCGAUUCGUAAAUCAUUGAUCAAUUUAGAUUUGUCAAUGAAUGUAAUAAAGAACUUUCCAUAUUAUUUGGUUAAAUUGGAGCGUUUAGUUUCUCUUCGCUUAAAUGACAAUUUGAUGGAAAGAGUACCAUUUUCAAUACGUCGCUUGCAAAACUUGCGUUCUUUACAAUUGAACGCAAAUCGCUUGAAAGCCCUUCCAUCGUGCGUUGAGCAAAUGUGCUUGCAAUCUUUAGAUAUUGCUGGGAAUUACUUUUCAGAUCGUCAGCAAAUCACUAUAGAAUACCCAACCGAAGUUCCGCCACUUUGGGUUUUGGCCGGACGUGUUAUUUUGCGAAAUCAGAUACAGUAUGAUGAACCCGGUAAGUUACCGACUGUGAUAGUUGAUUUAAUCAAGGAGCUUCCUAUAUGUUAUUGCGGCAAAUUGAUCUGGAACGCUAAAAUCUAUGAAUGCAGUGGAUUAGCAUAUUUGCGUGCUAUAAGCUUUUUGGUAUCCAACGCAUCACGCGAGUAUUUAACUGACAAUGUCAUUUGCGGACGCCGUUGCUUUGGGAUUUCCAUACUUAAUCGCUCCUAGCCUGUAAUUGUCAUUCGUACGUAUUUAACACGUUCAAUAGAAUGACUAUUAUUGGAAUAAAUGAUGUUAUAAUAUACAUAUAUUGUUAAAUAUGUUUUUUUACAAAAAGUUUAAUUUUAUAUAAUAAUAUUUUAAGUGUCAAGACUGAGUACAUGAUAAUCUAAGUUACUAAGCUUCAUUCAUUUUAUAUAUUUUAAAUUUUUUGAGAAACGGAAUUACCGUUUAUUUUACAAUUAUAAAAACUCUUGUUAUUAAUAUCAUUAAAAUUUGCAAUU